UCUUAAUGUGUUGAAAUUUCGUGUUUUGUACAAAUUUUCGUUUUCCUUUCGAAACAUGAGGGAGUGUAUAUCGGUUCACAUUGGUCAAGCCGGUGUCCAAAUUGGAAAUGCUACUUGGGAAUUGUAUUGCCUGGAGCAUGGCAUCGAGGUGGACGGCAAACCCUCUUCGUCAACUACUGAUAAUAGCUAUGGAACAUUCUUCUCCGAGGUGGAAAAUGGGAAGAUGGUGCCACGAGCUAUUAUGGUAGAUUUGGAACCAACAGUUGUAGAUGAAAUAAGAACCGGAACGUACAAGCAACUGUACCAUCCAGAGCAAUUGAUUACCGGAAAGGAAGACGCCGCUAAUAACUAUGCGCGCGGUCAUUAUUCCAUUGGCAAAGAGAUGAUCGAUACUGUGAUGGAGAAGAUCUAUAAACUGGCGGAGCAAUGCUGCGGCCUUCAAGGCUUCUUCGUCUUCCAUUCAUUUGGAGGAGGCACCGGCUCCGGUUUUACUUCUCUACUAAUGCAGAAGCUUUCACAAGAUUUUGGAAAAAAAAGCAAAUUGGAGUUUGUCGUCUAUCCGGCCCCGCAAGUAUGCACUGCUGUUGUGGAGCCUUACAACUCUAUCCUUACCACGCACACCACUUUGAAUCACUCGGAUUGUGCUUUUAUGGUUGACAACGAAGCAAUCUACGAUAUCUGUCGCAGGAAAUUAGGAAUCGAGAGGCCGAGCUACGUGAAUUUGAAUAGACUCAUAAGUCAAGUAGUCUCUUCGAUAACAGCUUCUUUGCGAUUUGACGGCGCUUUGAAUGUGGAUUUGACAGAAUUCCAAACGAAUUUGGUACCUUAUCCUAGAAUCCAUUUCCCUCUAGCUUCUUACGCACCAGUCGUUUCUGGCGAAAAGGCCUACCAUGAAGGUAUGUCUGUAGCUGAGAUUACAGCUGAAUUGUUUGAGCCUACAAACCAAAUGGUGAAGUGCGAUCCGCGUCAGGGUAAAUACAUGGCCUGUUGCUUAUUGUACCGAGGUGAUGUAGUCCCUAAAGAUGUUAACGCUUCAAUCGCGCAAAUGAAGGCCAAAAGCAAUGUGAGAUUCGUCGAUUGGUGUCCUACUGGCUUCAAAGUGGGUAUCAACUAUCAACCACCGACUGUAGUUCCGGGAGGUGAUUUGGCUAAAGUCCAACGAGCUGUUUGCAUGUUGUCAAAUACUACUGCAAUCGCUUCCGCUUGGAGCAAACUGAAUAGAAAAUUUGAUCUAAUGUACGCCAAAAGGGCUUUUGUUCAUUGGUACACUAGCGAAGGCAUGGAAGAAGGAGAGUUCGGUGACGCGAGGGAAGACCUAGCUGCUCUCGAGAAGGACUAUGAAGAGGUAUCCUCGGAGGCUUACGGCGACGAAGACGAGGACAAGAACGUGGAUUACUAAUGUGCACCAACGCGUAAAUUACUUGU